UGACUAAAUGACAUGGUAGCCUCCAUGCGCAUAAUAUCUCAAUUGUAGACGCACAGACUGUCAUCCGGACACGCUUUUCUUGGUUUUGUGCUCGUGUUUUUGUAGAUAUGAGGUAUUUGCUCCGGCUGGGCCGCUCGGUCGCGCGCCUUCAUGUCCGUUUAUGUCACCAGAGUGUUUACAACAGCCACGCGCAUCCGCGCAGAGUGCUGGUGGACCUUGGCGAGAAGAAACUUGAGAUCUCUUCAGGGAGGUUUGCUAGAUUUGCUGAUGGAUCUGCUGUUGUGCAGUUGGGCGAAACCUCUGUGAUGGUGACUGCUGUGAGCAAAACCAAACCUUCUUCGUCUCAGUUCAUGCCUCUUGUGGUGGACUACAGACAGAAAGCAGCUGCUGCAGGUCGAAUCCCUACUAAUUAUUUGAGGCGAGAGCUUGGCACCACUGACAAUGAGAUCCUCACCAGCAGACUCAUAGACAGGUCGAUCAGACCCCUGUUCCCUCCUGGUUACUUUUAUGACACUCAGAUCCUUUGUAACCUGCUGGCAGUCGAUGGCAUCAAUAAUCCAGAUGUGCUGGCUGUUAAUGCAGCCUCUGCUGCCCUGGCCCUGUCCGACAUCCCCUGGGAUGGACCCAUAGGUGCUGUGCGUGUGGGAAUGGUAGACGGAGAGUUGCUGGUCAACCCAACUAGGACAGAAAUGAAUUCCAGCACUCUUAACAUGAUUGUUGCCGGAGCUCCCAGCAGUCAAGUGGUGAUGAUUGAGGCGUCAGCGGAGAACUUACUGCAGCAGGACUUCUGCCACGCCGUGAAGGUGGGAGUCAAACACACCCAGCAGAUCAUACUUGCCAUCCAGCAGCUGGUACGGGAACAGAAGGUCACCAAGCGCACCCCGGUCAAGGUCUUCUCAGUCCCGCCGAACAUGGUGGAACAUGUUCGGCAAUUAGCUUCUGAGAAGAUCUAUGCAGUUUUCACUGAUUACACUCUCGAUAAGAUUUCAAGAGAUGAAGCCAUCAACAAAGUUCGACUAGAAACAGAAGAGGACCUAAAAGAAAGAUUCCCUCAGGCCGAGUCCUUUGAAAUCAUUGAAUCCUUCAACACUGUGAACAAAGAAAUCUUCCGUAAUUUAGUGCUAAAUGAGUACAAGAGAUGUGAUGGGAGAGAGUUGACGGCUUUAAGGAACAUUUCUUGCGACGUCGACCUCUUUAAACCGCUGCACGGCUCCGCUCUCUUCCAGAGAGGACAAACACAGGUGCUGUGCAGCAUCACAUUUGAUUCUCUUGAAUCCAGUGUCAAGUCAGAUAUUAUCACCACAGCUCUGAGUGGCAUUAAAUCCAAAAAUUUCAUGCUUCAUUAUGAGUUCCCUCCGUAUGCAACCAAUGAGGUUGGGAGGACGGGCAGCAUGAACAGAAGGGAGCUUGGACAUGGGGCCCUGGCGGAGAAAGCUUUGAGACCAGUCAUUCCUAAAGACUUCCCCUUCACUAUCCGGGUCACUGCUGAGGUGCUGGAGUCAAACGGAUCCUCCUCAAUGGCUUCAGCAUGUGGAGGCAGCCUGGCUCUGAUGGAUGCAGGUGUGCCCAUCUCGUCUGCUGUGGCAGGUGUAGCAGUUGGUCUCAUCUCAAAGGCAAACCCAGAGAAACCUGCUGAGAUCCAAGACUACAGAUUACUAACUGAUAUUCUGGGAAUAGAGGAUUACCUCGGAGACAUGGACUUCAAAUUGGCAGGAACGCAAAAGGGCAUAACUGCGUUACAGGCUGAUGUGAAGAUCCCAGGUUUGCCUCUGAAGGUUGUCAUGGAGGCAAUCCAACAGGCCACAGUGGCAAAGAGGGAAAUCUUGGGCAUCAUGAACAAAUGCAGCGCAAAACCCAGAGAGACGAGGAAAGAGAACGGACCUAUUGUUGAAAAUGUGCGGGUGCCUGUUUCCAAACGAGCACGCUUUAUUGGUCCAGGCGGUUAUAACCUGCGCAGGGUACAAGCUGAAACCGGUGUGACAAUAAGUCAGGUGGACGAGGAGACUUUCUCUGUGUUCGCUCCAACACCGGGAGCCAUGAGCGAAGCCCAAGAGUUCAUCAGUGAAAUCUGCAAAGAUGAUCAAGAGCAGCAGCUGGAGUUUGGUGCGAUCUACACAGCCACCAUCACUGAGAUAAGGGACAUUGGUGUGAUGGUGAAACUUUAUCCCAACAUGAGUGCCGUCCUGCUGCACAACUCACAGCUGGACCACAAGCGGAUCAAGCAUCCAACUGCUUUGGGUUUAGAAGUGGGACAGCAGAUACAGGUCAAGUACUUUGGACGAGACCCGACAGACGGCAGAAUGAGACUUUCACGCAAGGUGCUCCAGUCUCCCGCUGCAACAGUCGUCAGGACAAUGAGUGAGAAACAGAGCAUCUCCAUGGGCUCAAACAGCCAGGCGACCAACACCGAUUUGUGACACAGAGACACGACAAAUCAACGUCUGGCUUUGCUUCCAAAAUGGGUUUAAACGGAGCAGAUUUUGUUACAAAGUUCUGUUGAGAAAUCUGCAAAGAGUUUUAGAGAGUCUGGAAAGAACUGCAGCUCAUCAAACACGGCGUCCAGCUGUGCUUCAGCAGAUGUGCACAAACUGAGAAGAAGGCUUAGAGAACACGGAGCAGGAGACACACAUUCAAAAACUGUAAAUGUUUUAUUUUUAAGUAUUCCCUUUUUAAUGGUGUCUCAUUUCCACAUUUGCCACCUCAGCAUGACGCAGUAAGAGGGUUUCCUUUCAGUUUCAUCCAAAUAUAGUCAUCAAGUGCAAAUUAACAACAGUUUUCUUAUUCAUGUGUGUGAUAUUACUGCCUCCUGUGGUGUGGGACUUCCAUAUUUGGAGUCAAGUGUGGCGGUGUGUCCUCUAAACUGCCAGGAUCAAGACACGGACAAAGAAAGCCAAGUGGGAGAAGUGUACUAUUAUUUUUUUUUUUAAAUAUUCCCUUUACGUCACAUUAUAUUUACAAUAUAUGGUCAUGUGUAAAUAAAACAACUGGUUGAUUUGUUUUGUUAAAAUUCCAGCAAAAUAAUAUCCAGAAACAAACACAUUCAGAUGGCAACAAAGAAAAGCACUGUGCAACAAAUAGAGGGUCAAUAUAAUCAUUCCAAACAGUAUAAAACCAGAUUUAACACGGGUUACAAGAUAGGAUGAAAGAAAUCAAUAUAAAAAAAAGAAUAACACAUUUAUUGAAAAUGAAUGAUCGGGGUAAAGAAAAUUGUUCUUAGUUUUACCUGAACCUGUGCUGCGACACAGUGACCAGGCAGCAGUCCACACUAUUUUAAGUUUGAAGGCAUCUUUCAGCCACGCUUGGCCUCUGUGUUUCACCACCUGUGAUCACAAGAAAUCACAAGUAGAAAGGCGGACUUUAUGCACAGCAGCUGUUUUUCCUGUCAUGAAAGCUCAACUGGGGACAUGCACGAGCACCUCAUCACCAAUUGUGCAUCCCAUGAAGACAGUUGUUUGAUAAGUGCAAGAUUCAGCAGGUGGACUCCUAAAUAAUGUAAAGAUGAAGAGACAGUUUACACUCAUGAGAUGAACAGACUCAGAAAACUGAGAAAUACCCAUGUUAGGAGCUGCUGUGUUACAGUCUGCCUGGAUCUGAUGCCACAUUAUGUAAUAGACUAGAAAUCUUUAAUUAACUAAGAAGGUAAAUAAUUGACCUUUGGCUGAAUUCGUAGUUACAAUUCCGACUCUCAACUCUAACCUUGUGGCAGAAAUAUGCACCAAAUUAAGAUGUAAUCUCCAUUUGGUGACAAUAGAGACAAUCUUGAUACAAUGAACUGAAUUCUGUGAAUGAAUACGUUCCUCCAUGUGACAUAUGUUCAAAGAGCAGAAGGAGUCCUCCGAUACUGUCCAUCACUGUCGGAGCAUUAUUAGUUUGUACUGUAAGAACUGUCCUGCUUCGGGGUUUGGAAAGUACUGUGCUUACUGCAGAAAUAGGUGUCAUUUUCUAGACUGGUGGACAUUUGGGAUUCUUAAUAUCUGUACUAAUAAACUGAG